AUGGCGACCAGGAUUUUCCGCUGGACAGACCUCAUUAUUACAAGGCCGCCGUCCCCUUCCCCAAUCAGCAAAUUGCAGGGAGGCGAAGAUCUCCUGAUAGAAAUUCUUAGCCGCGUCGGCGACACAAGAUCCGUCUGCAAGCGAUGGAACUCACUCAUCUCCACUCCCUACUUCUCCCGCCGUUUCGUUUCCCGGUCUUCCUCCGUCGCCGCGGAGCCGCCUCUUCUGAUCCCCUCGGGCGUCCGGGGACCGAUCUGGAGCUUCCUCCCUGUCCCCGAAGAAAUCCCCUUCGGCGCAAUCGUCCUGGAUUGCGCCGAGGACCUGCUCCUCCUCGCGUUCGAGGAUUGGAGCGGGAACAACCAUCGCGAGCUGCGAAGGUCGUACUUGGUCUGCAAUCCGUUUACGCAGCAGUGGGUCGCCCUGCCUCUAGCCCCCGAAAGGUCGGCUAAAUCGAUCGCGCGAAUAUUAGUUCGCCGCGAUCAGCAGCCGAGGAGGAUUCUCGACGACGGAAAAGAAGUAGCAUCUGAAUUCUGCGUCGUGAUCAUGUCCGACUGGUACUCGGAGCUGGACGUGUUCUAUUCUAUAUCUCGGAGCUGGAGCAAACCACCUGUCGAGGGAUCGCUGAUCUCUUCGUCGUCAUGGGACGUUGCGGUUUCUUGGAAUGGGAAGUUUUAUUGGAAGAAUCGUCACAGAGGAUUGCUUGUUGGGUGGAAUCCUUUCGGCCUACUCGACGACGAAGAUGAUGAUAUUUAUCAUAUAUCAUUACCACCAGCUUUAAUUAGUGCUAAUCAUUUGGAAUCUUCAUCCACCAUUUGGGUCUCGCGAGGUGUUUUGCACAUGAUUCUGCGGGAAAAGAUGUACAAGGAAGAUGAUUAUUUGAGCGUGUGGAGAUUAGCAGGAGGAGGAGUUGGGUGGAGGAGAAGAGUCAACUCUCGACUAUCUGCUUUGAUCCCCAAUCUCUCUCUCUCGGCAACGGCAGCAAUGGCGACCCUGCAGCCGACGAUCAGCAUAUUGGGAGACGACGACGAUCUCCUCGAGUAG